GAAGAAAAGCAUUCCAAGCAAAUGAGAACCAAGCUUAAAGAUUUACUCAUCUAAUUAACAAAACAUAUUAUACCACUUCACUUUAAAGCUACCUCUAAAAAUACACCUAUAUAUAUAACCACCCCAUCUCCCUUCCCUCUCAUUCAUCCAAUAUCAAAACAUCUUCCAUUUUCUUCUUUUAUAGUACCAAAUGGCUUUUUCUUGGCUAUCUAAGCUUUCCCUUUUGGCAUUGUUAUCUUUAUCUCUCUUUGCCUAUUCUUCAUUAGCCCAUGACGACUUUUCAAUCGUUGGUUAUUCUCCUGAUCACCUCACUAGCAUUGACAAACUCAUUCAUCUUUUCGACUCGUGGAUCUCGAAACAUGGCAAAAUCUAUGAGAGUAUAGAGGAGAAGAUUCAAAGAUUUGAGAUAUUCAUAGAUAACUUAAAGCACAUUGAUCAAACAAAUAAGCAAGUCAGUGAUUACUGGUUGGGACUUAAUGAGUUUGCUGAUAUGAGCCAUGAAGAGUUUAAGAGCAAGUAUUUGGGACUCAAACCUGUUUUCACUGAGAGAAUAGAAUCUUCUGAGAAAUUCAGUUAUAGAGAUGUAGUGGAUUUGCCCAACUCUGUGGAUUGGAGAAAGAAAGGAGCUGUCACUGCAGUCAAGAACCAAGGUUCAUGUGGAAGUUGUUGGGCAUUUUCCACUGUUGCUGCUGUUGAAGGCAUAAACCAGAUUGUGACAGGAAACUUGACAUCCUUGUCCGAGCAGGAACUGAUCGAUUGUGACAGAUCAUUCAACAAUGGCUGCAAUGGGGGUUUGAUGGACUAUGCCUUUGAGUACAUAAAGUCUAGUGGUGGACUUCACAAGGAAGAUGAUUACCCUUAUCUUAUGGAGGAAGGUACCUGUGAAGGGAAGAAGGGUGAGAUGGAAAGAGUGACAAUUAGUGGUUAUCAAGAUGUGCCAGCAAAUGAUGAACAAAGUCUUCUCAAGGCAUUGGCUCACCAACCUAUUAGUGUAGCCAUUGAUGCUUCUGACAGAGCUUUCCAGUUCUACAGUGGGGGAGUGUUUAACGGGCGUUGCGGAACUGAUCUUGAUCAUGGAGUUGCAGCAGUGGGAUAUGGAACAUCCAAAGGAGGAGAUUACAUCAUAGUAAGAAACUCAUGGGGAUCAAAGUGGGGAGAGAAAGGUUACAUAAGGAUGAAGAGAAACAUUGGUAAACCAGAAGGUAUCUGUGGUAUCUACAAAAUGGCUUCAUUUCCUACCAAAAAGCAUUGAUUUCUCUACUAAUGUGUGCUGUGCUGUGCUGUGCUGUGCUUUUUGCUUUUUUUCUUUCCAUUGUUGUUGUUUUUCAUUCCCAAAGUUAUAAGCUUCACUUGUAACCUACUCUUGUUACUUCAAUAAAAUAACUUAGACAAUCAUAAUA